CAGGGCAGUGCCCCGGCUCCGCCAACGCCCUCACUCGACCUGGCGGCUGGCCUCGGGGCGGUCCGCGGGUCCCUGGUGGCCAGACCAACUCGCGCCUGGCGGAUGCGCCCGGCGCGCCCAGAGCAGCCCCUGCGCCGCCGCUGGGCCGUGGGGCCUUGGGGCCGUCGGGCCGCCAGGGAAGCGCCAGCCGGGACCAGGCUGCCCAGAUGCGGGCGCCACUCUGCCUGCUCCUGCUCGUCGCCCACGCCGUGGACAUGCUGGCCCUGAACCGAAGGAAGAAGCAAGUGGGCACUGGCCUGGGGGGCAACUGCACAGGCUGUAUCAUCUGCUCAGAGGAGAACGGCUGUUCCACCUGCCAGCAGAGGCUCUUCCUGUUCAUCCGCCGGGAAGGCAUCCGCCAGUACGGCAAGUGCCUGCACGACUGUCCCCCUGGCUACUUCGGCAUCCGCGGCCAGGAGGUCAACAGGUGCAAAAAAUGUGGGGCCACUUGUGAGAGCUGCUUCAGCCAGGACUUCUGCAUCCGGUGCAAGAGGCAGUUUUACUUGUACAAGGGGAAGUGUCUGCCCACCUGCCCGCCAGGCACUUUGGCCCACCAGAACACACAGGAGUGCCAGGGGGAGUGUGAACUGGGUCCCUGGGGUGGCUGGAGCCCCUGCACACACAACGGAAAGAUCUGCGGCUCUGCUUGGGGCCUGGAGACCCGGAUACGAGAGGCUGGCCGGGCUGGGCAGGAGGAGACAGCCACCUGCCAGGUGCUGUCGGAGUCAAGGAAAUGUCCCAUCCAGAGGCCCUGCCCAGGAGAGAGGAACCCCGGCCAGAAGAAGGGCAGGAAGGACCGGCGUCCCCGCAAGGACAGGAAGCUGGACCGCAGGCUGGACAUGAGGCCGCAGCAGCCCGGCCUGCAGCCCUGACGGCAGCUCUCCCAGCCUCUGGUCCUGGUCCUCGGCCCCUGCACACCUCCUCCUGCUCCUCCUCUUCCUCCUCCUCCUGCCCCUCCUCCUCCACCUUCUCCAUUUGCCCUCUCUUCUCCCCACCCUUCUGUCAUUUUUCCAUGUCGGUCUACCGUCCACUUUCCUUUCUUCUGUAUUUCCUUUAUUUCUUCCACCCCAGUUCUCCUCUCCUUCUCCCUCCCUCCCUCUUCUUUCUCGCUUAUCUUUUAUCUGUCUUUUUCUUUCUUCCUGUGUUUCUUCCUGUCCUUCACCGCCUCCUUCUUUCUCCCUCCCCUUCUCUCGUCUCUCUCACACAUGCUUAAAGAGACACCAUGAGCCUGGGCCUUCCCCUGCAGCUCUCUCUCUCUCUCUACUCCUUAAAGAAAGCAAACAUCUUUUCCCAGGCCUUUCCCUGACCCCAUCUUUGCAGAGAAAGGGUUUCCAGGGGGCAAAGCCUGGGCCACAGCACAGGUGAGUCCUGAGGGCCCUGCCUCUGCUUGGGGGAAGGGGCUCCAGAACCCCGAGCUGUGAGCAUCUGGUUCUCUGGACAGUCCCCAGAGGUCAUUUCCAUAGCCCUCAGCCACCGGCUGCCCCAAGGAGCUGGCUGCCCCAAGGCUCCAGGGCUUCCAGAGGCCUGGCCUGGCCACCUCCCCCAGCUGGCCGUGGAGGGCCAUGACCUGGCCUCUGCUGGGCAGCCAGCCCUGGGCCAGCCAGGUCAUCCUCUGCAAGCUGCCUGCCACCCCCAUCAGCCCUCCCUGCACAGGCCUCCCUCUCACAGGUCCCAUGCCCCUUUUUCCCAAGCGGGAUCAGGUAGGCUGUCACUGCUGGAGGAUCCACCCGCGCAGCCCAGAAAAGGCCAUUGAAACCGAAAGGAACACUGAGAUUAUCCAGCAGCUCCGUUCCCCAACUCAUCUCUCCUGCCCACGUGGGGAGACAGGCCUGAGAAGGAAGGGGCAUGCCUAGCAUCACACGAAACCUCAGGCUCUGCUUCUGUCUGACGGCUCUGCUCAACACACCCACGGCUGAGAGGAGACAUUGGGGGUCAUGUGGGGCGGCGGGGGGGAUGUAGCGAAUUGUGGGUCGGGAGCAAGGAAAGAUCCCUGCACCACCACCAGGUUCCCUGAGCAUCUGUGCUUCCUGUGACGACCCUCGCCCUGGGCAGGAACGAUGCUGGGAGGAGUCUCCAGGUCAGACCCAGCUUGGAAGCAAGUUCGUGCUCACUGCCUGUCCUUCUGCCAUGUAACACCCGCUUCCUGCUCUGCUCCCCGGAAUCCUCAGGAAGGGGAUUUGUGUUCGCCAUGACUGGCUAGCCUGAAGGCAUAGGGAUCCGUAGCUGGGACAGGAAUGGGCAGGAGAAGCAAGAGUCAGAGCUCUGAGGGGCCCAGGGGUGGCCUGGAGAAGGAAGGUGGUUAGCAGGCUGGGGAGAGCCUCUAGGUGAUGAAACAUUACUCCCCACCCACCCCAAGAGAGUGCCCACCCUCAGACCUGCCCUCCACCUGGCCAAAAAAUGCCCACCCUCUCCCUGACUUCCCUUCCCUCACCUCCCUGAGAACAGCUCCUUCACCUGGCCAGGCUACCAGCUUCUCUUCUGCAAAUAUUUGUGUCUCUGAAAUGCUCCAUUGUAUUGUUUCAAGACCCUAACAUUUUUUUUUUAAUUUUAAUAAAGAGAAAAGAAACUUG